AUCGCUAGCUUCACAGACCCCCGGUGCUGAUGUCCUGUCACCGUGUGGGACGAUACAGGAAAUUGAACACUCCAACAAACCAACCAGCCUGGCCGCAUUUCAUCAUGUGCGGAAGUUGAGAGACUACCGGGCCCGGUCCGUGUCUCCAGUGUGCUCAACUCUUACGUCACGCGUACAACGGCGUCCGUUAUUCCGAAGCUCGAGAAUGGACGCGCAUCCUCGCGGGACGCCGCUGUUUACCUUCGGCGUGAUAGCGGACAUUCAGUACGCAGAUAUCGACGAUGGAUACAAUUACACCCGGACGAGGAGGCGGUACUACCGGAGCAGCCUGCAGCUGCUGAGAAAUGCCCAGCAAAGUUGGUCCGAGGCGGCUGUCAAGCCAGAGUUCAUCCUCCAGUUGGGAGACCUUAUCGACGGCUUCAACAAGAGCCACGGCGCCUCGGACCGGGCGCUGGACACCGUGCUGAGGGAGUUCGGCUCCAGUCGCGUGGAGGUCCACCAUGUGUGGGGGAACCACGAGUUCUAUAACUUCAGCCGGAGCGCGCUGCUGCGCUCGGAGCUCAACAGCACGCUGCACACGAAGAGACGCCUGAACGGAGUCCCGGCUGGCAGCGACACGUACGCCUACCACUUCAGCCCGGUGCCCGGGUUCACCUUCGUGGUUCUGGACGCGUACGACGUGAGCCUGCUGGGCAGAGAGGCGUCCGGCGAGCGGCACAGCGACGCUCUGGGCGUCAUACGGCAGCACAACCACAACCAAGACCUCAACUGCCCGCCAGUGACUAGCGGCCUGCUGCGGAGGUUCACGAUGUUCAACGGGGGCUUCAGUAAGGACCAGCUGGACUGGCUGGGUUCUGUUCUUUCCUGGGCCGACGACAAACGGGAAAGAGUCACACUAGUCAGUCACCUCCCUGUCCACCCCCGCUCCACAGAUGACAUCUGCCUCGCCUGGAACUUCGAUGAGCUCCUGGCCCUCAUCCAGUCCCACAGCAGCGUGGUGUGUUUCAUGGCGGGACACGACCACGAUGGUGGAUACUACCAGGACCAGGACACAGGGGUGCACCACAUGACGUUAGCAGGAGUGAUCGAGACGCCGCCUGACAGCGACGCCUUCGGCAUCGUCUCCGUGUACGAGGAUAGGAUGGUGCUGGAGGGGAGCGGGAGGAUCACUGACCGAGUGUUCCUGUUCCAUCCCACUCCAAGUGACACAAAUCCUAUGGCGAUAUGACACAUGUCGUAUUUAAGAUUCAUACAAUGUUGUAGCCGUCAUGGAAAUAUUUGUGCAAUGUCUCUGGAUUUGGAGAAGGUUAUCCUGCGUGGCUCAUUCACAGGAUGGCUGUUCCAUUCUCUGGAGAAGUCUAGGAAUGUUACAAUGGUCAAUUUAAAGUUUUUUUUAAGAUGAAAGACAUUCACACAUGUACUCAGUUCAGUAGUGGAAGUACUAUAAUGUUUGAUUCUUUUAGUUCUAAGUAGGGCCAUACCUUCAGAUGUGAAGCACUGACAACUAUUGCUACACAAACAGAGAGCCACAUUCUGUUUUUUCAGAUGCACUUUCCUCAGUAGAGCAAGUGCAGUACCCCAUAUAUGUGAUUGCACUUACAAGUUUAUUUAUUAUCUUGACAACGUAUGAAGCAUAUCUUUUACACUGGUUGUGUUUUAAGUUGGAGUUCAAAUGAUAUAGCACUUGCACAUUUAUACUAUAUUACAAUGUAGGCCUUUUUUGCGUGUUGCCUAUUGCACACAAUGAUUUUCUUUGACUGUUAAUUGCAGAGAAAUUUGUUGUGAUUUGAUCAGUGCAUUGUAUUGAUAACUAUAUAACUGAUAAAUCCCAGUUUUCAGUUUGAAGUCCUGCACAGGAUGGGUGCCAAGCUGUAUGAUUCACAAUGUAAAACAAUAUGACGAAUAAUAAAAAAUAUACAUCAGUAGUUCUGAGCCCA